AUGGCCUCCAAAUUUUGGGCUUUCGGACAAGCCCACAUAUAUGGCAAUCGCAGGAACCUACCACCGAGCUCUCUCCAACGGAUUGGGGUGUCGGUCCCACGGGUGGAUUCCCCACCAAGACUGACUGAACCAGAAUCGCACGUGCCUAUCGUGAGGAACUUGCCGCCAAGUUCUCCCCAACGCAUCGGGGUCGCAGCUGCUUCACCUGCAGGAGAUGUUCAGGUGCCACUUGUCAGGAACGUGCCAGCAAUCUCUCCUCAACGAAUGGACCCGGCCCCUGCAGCGGAACAAGAUGUUCAUGUGCCAGUGGUCAGGAACCUGCCGCCAAGCACUCCGCAACGUAUUGGGGUUGCUUCCAGUCCGUCGGGGGAACAUGAAGAUGAGAAACCAGCUGUCAGGAAGCUCCCGCCCAGCUUUCCUCAACGCAUUCAGUCAUCGCCGAUACCGGCAGAGUCACCCCCUGUCAGUACCCUGCCGCCGAGCUCUCCCCGGUCCCGGGCGGCAGAUGAUGAGGCGCCGAUCAGCAGGACCCUCGGCAUGGCACGUGGCACGUGGGGUGGUCCCGAAAAAUGGGAGCUCCCAACCAUGAACGAUAAAAGGGAAAAUGAUGAGCACGGGAUUUUAGGUUAG